AUCAGGCAUCAAUUUUUGUAAACACGACCACACGGAUUGCUGCCGUCUGUCCAACUCUACCCAGGUUCGUCCUCUCGCGCGGUUGGCUGCUUUUUAAUAUGAAGGGUGACACGAAGGACCUUGUCUCCCUGCGCAGAUCUGCGGAUCUUGUACUUGCCCUAACGACGCCCAAAGGAAGAGGAGUCUUUGCGGCUCAAGACAUCCCUGCCCGGACCGUGAUUGAAAUCUCUCCUGUACUACCUCUGGGCGUUGAGGAAAACGAAAGCCAUGUCAAGCACACUUCUUUGUACCACUAUACGUAUAAUUGGCCGCUUCACUCGUCAAACGGCGAGAAACAAAUAACCCAGGCCGUGGUACUAGGGCUAGGCUCCAUGUUCAACCAUUCCAGGGACCAGAACGUCGGCUGGGAGCGUGACGUAGAUCACCUGCUUGUGAGGUACCAGACGCUGCGCGAUGUCAAGGCCGGUGAAGAACUAUGCAUCUCGUAUGGCGAUAGGCUAUCGUUCAAAGACGUAGAUGCCCCUACAGAAGAGCCAGAAGGAGACGGUUCAGAGGUUUUGUCCAACAUACAAAUUGAUUGAUAGUAACGGCUUGAUUCAAUUAAUCAUGUGAAGGGAUAGAAUCCCCAAAAUAUCACACUGCAAACGGACCUCUGCAAAGACCCGAUAUGCCUCGGGCCAGGACCACACGAUCGGCUUCUCCGACAGCCGAAGACGAUUCCGGAAAUUCCAAGACUACUGAGAACUCUGAUGGAAAGUAAUCGCCCAGGCCUCGCCCCAG